CCUGUCAAUAUUAUUAAUGAUUUAAUUAAUUAAGCUAUAGACCAAAACCACUAUAUAUAUACAUAUAGAUUCCCACAAGUGAACUCAGACACCAAGAAACGGUGUAAAAAUGGGUAUUUGCUGCUCACAUGAAAUAACCUCAGCGGCCACAGCAAAGCUCAUCCUCCAAGAUGGCCAGCUUGAGGAAUUCUCUUACCCAGUUAGGGUUUCACAGAUACUGAAAAGAAACCACAGCUCUUUCAUAUGUAACGCUGAUGAUAUGGACUAUAAUGCCUGCAUUCCAGCCAUUGAUGGUGAUGAAGAACUUCAACUGGGUCAGCUUUACUUUGUGCUGCCUGUCAAUUGGAUAAAUAGUCGGCUUAGCCCUCGUGAUAUGGCUGCCUUCGCUGUUAAAGCAAGUUUGGCUCUUAAGUCCAGUGGUGGACACAAGAUUUUGCCUGGGAAAAGAAGGACUGUUCCCAUGGUUUAUGCUAGUAACAAGAAGGCUGUGGAUUGUAGUGGAAUGGUCGGCGGUGGCUGUGGUGGUUGCGGUGACGGUGACAGCCACAGUGGAAAAUGAUUGGAGGUGAAGAGGAAAGGGAGGAGCGUUGGUCGGAGGAGAAGUAAAGUAUAUAGACAGAACUUAAGUGUCAUCACGGAGGAAUAAGAACUUUUGUGAAAGUAUUCUUUCUACAAAUUCUAAUCUCUGUAAUUAAGUCUUAUAUGCUUGUAGACAUUUUAAAAAAUAAUUGU